AUGAUUUCCCACAAUUCAUUGCGAACUCAUCACAAGGCUCGCGGCUAUGAAUGCAGAGCGGACCGGUGUCUUGUGAAACGGGAACAUAAAGCUACUUCUAUUCCAGUUGUGGACUGAAAUUGAACUGUCUAUAGGGAAUAAAAGACAACUCGAUCUGUUAUCGGUGUGCGCCUCCAUCCACUCUUGGGAGCAAGAUGUCGUAUCCUCCGCCAAUGAACCGCCCGACAAUUGGCCUCCCACAGUUAACACCGAGGAUCCCCCCUCCUCAGUUUGCCAGCUUUGCCCCGCCAGGAACAACUAUGAUUCCAGUGCAUAUGGGCGUAGUGGCUCCCACUCCAGCAGUUCUCGUCCCCACCACAAUAUCACAGAAGCCUGUUAUUAUAAAGAAGGAUCCUGUGAACCUGAGACCCAAGGACCCUGACAUCGGCAACGGCCCCACCACCACUGUGUUUGUGGGGAAUAUCUCAGAAAAGGCUUCUGAUAUGCUGAUCCGACAGCUUCUUGCCAAAUGUGGCAUAGUUCUCAGCUGGAAGAGGGUCCAAGGUGCCUCAGGAAAACUUCAGGCUUUUGGUUUCUGUGAGUAUAAAGAGCCUGAGUCCACGCUGCGUGCGCUCAGACUUCUGCAUGAGCUGCUGUUGGGUGACAAGAAGUUGUUGGUCAAGGUUGACGCCAAGACCAAAGCCCAGCUGGAUGAGUGGAAGGCAAAGAAGAAAAGUGCCAAUGGCGGAGGUGCCAGUGAGCCAAAGAAAGAGGGUGAAGAGGAAGAAGAGAUUCUCGAUGAAGAAACCGUGCGCCGUGAUGAGGUGGUCAAUGGGGCGAUAGAAGUUCUCAUCAAAGAGUAUUCCAGCGAGCUCAACGCCCCAUCAGGGGACGCUGACAGUCAACAACGCAAAAAGAGGAAAGAAAAGAAAGAUGAGGACAUCAAUGCUAUGGAGUUGGAGGACGACAAGAGAGACUUGAUUUCCAGAGAGAUCAGUAAAUUCCGAGACACACACAAGAAACUGGAGGAGGAAAAGGGCAAGAAGGAGAAGGAGCGACUGGAGCUCGAGAAGGAAAGGAGGGAGAGGGAGAAGGAGCGGGAGAGAGAGAGGGAGCGGCGCGACCGGGAGAAAGAGAAGGAAAGGGAGCGGGACAGAGACAAGGAGCGCGACCGAGACCGGGAUCGCGAGCGCGAACGGGACCGGGAACGAGAGCGGACUAAAGAACGAGAGAGGGAGCGGGACAGGGGAAGAAGUCGGGAUGUCAGUGAGAACCGCAGCAGGUCCAGAGAGCGGACCAGAGAGGAGAAGAAGCGCGAUCGUGAGGAGGAUGACGAAGACGUGUACGAGAGGAGGCGGCUGGAGAGGAGACUCAGAGACAAGGAGGCGGCGUACCAGGAACGCCUGAAAAACUGGGAGAUCCGCGAGAGGAAGAAGUCUCGCGACUACAGCAAAGACCUGGAGAGGGACGACGAGCGCCGCCGUGAAACGAUAAAAGAGGCCAAGAGACUGAAGGAAUUCCUUGAAGAUUACGAUGACGAAAGGGACGACCCAAAAUACUACAGGGGCAGCGCUUUACAGAAAAGAAUUCGUGACAGAGAAAAGGAGAUCGAUUUAGAUGAAAGGGACCGUAAGAGGGAGAAAGAGGAGCUGGAGGAGAUCAGACAGAGGCUGCUGUCUGAAGGUCACCCCGACCCUGACGCUGAGCUGCAGAGGAUGGAGGAAGAGGCGGAGCGUAAACGGCAGGCGCCAUUAAAACUUGAACCUGAGGAGCACGUCCACAAGGAGAAGAGUCACAGGGAUCGGGAACGUGAGAGAGACCGGGAACGGGAGCGGGAGAGGGAACGGGAGAGAGAGAGGGAACGGGAGCGGGAACGGGAGAGAGAAAGAGACCGGGAGCGGGAGAAGGAACGGGAGAGGGAACGGGAACGUGAUCGUGAAAGGAAGCCGCCAGCGAGACACAUUGAGCCGGCGCCGCGGGUUCCUCCUCAGCCACAUUCCGAUGAGGAUGUGGAGGAGGCGGAGGCUGACAACUAUCAUCAUCAUGAUGAAGACUCCCAAGACUCCAAACCGCAGAUCAUCAAACCGCUCAUGCGACCAAUCACCACCGCUCCAUCGCUGUCCUCUGCCAGCGGGAACGCCACCCCCAACACGCCCGGCAACGACUCCCCCUGCGGCAUCAUCAUCCCAGGCGAGAACACGCCAGACUUGCAGCCUCUGGCCGAGAACAGACCCAAGAUCGGCCUGAGUCUCAACCUGGGAGCCACCAACAGUCCCAGUCAGCUUAGCGUUGGGAAGCGGAAGAAGCUGGCUCCAGUGGAAAGCGUUUUCAACAAGUUCGAUGAUGAGGAGGCCGAUGAGCAGCCGCGCAAAAGGAAGCUGGUGCCGCUGGACUACGGCGACGACGAAAAGAGUCUGGGGCUGGACGGGGCGGAGCUCUCCGGGGGCAAAGGCAGCGUCAACACGGAGGAGAAGCGGAAGCACAUCAAGAGCCUAAUCGAGAAGAUUCCCACUGCCAGGCCCGAGCUCUUCUCCUACCCUCUGGACUGGACCAUGGUGGACUCGAAUCUAAUGGACCGACGCAUUCGACCGUGGAUCAAUAAGAAGAUCAUCGAGUACAUUGGAGAAGAGGAAGCCACUCUGGUGGAUUUUGUCUGUUCAAAGGUGAUGGCUCACAGCACUCCUCAGGGCAUUCUGGACGACGUAGCAAUGGUGCUGGAUGAAGAAGCCGAAGUCUUCAUCGUCAAAAUGUGGAGGUUGUUGAUCUACGAAACCGAAGCAAAGAAGAUUGGGCUGGUAAAAUAAGCAUCGGGCGCCUUCUGCUCCUCGCAGUUUCAGCAGACUGAAAACAUGCACAUGCCUUCUCAGACCCGUCAGCGAAACGCUGUCUGCCUUGAGUGUUUGGAAGGAGGGAGGCGUUAAUGUUGCGUUCAUGUUGGAGACAUUAAUGCAUGAUAAAAGUUCAGUUGUACUUUUAUUUUCCUUGAUAUGACGAAGUAAGAAGUGCUUUUUAUUAAUGGUUCCGUACAUUCUGCUUUGAUUUUUCUGUUGUAUCGAGGCACUGUGUAAACUAAUAAAUAUACCUUUGUUUAAUUUUUAAA